CCUCUGCUGCUGCUGCUGCUGCUGCUGCUGCUGCUGCUCGUUGCUCCUGCUGUUUGCUUCAGUUCUGUGAUUUGCCUGCCCUCGGGACUGCUCCGCAACCAUGGAGAAGCUCCCGAAGCCCGAGAAGCUCGGUCCCUAUAUGAUGGGCGGGAUUAUCGGCAAGGGCGGCUUUGGCGCAGUGUACAAGGCCAUCAACGAGAACGACGGCACCACGGUCGCCAUCAAGAAGGUCAAGGUUGGCAACAUGGAGGUCUCGAAGCAAGGCGUCAUCAUGGGUGAAAUUGACCUGCUCAAGAAACUCAAACACCCUAACAUUGUCAAGUACAUUUCGUGUCUCAGCAAGGACGGCUUCCUCUACAUUGUUCUUGAAUAUAUCGAGAAUGGAUCGCUGCAGAGCAUAUGCAAAAAGUUUGGUCAAAUCCCAGAGACGCUGACGAGCGUGUACAUUGCUCAAGUGUUGGAGGGCUUGAACUUUUUGCACGAACAAGGUGUCAUUCAUCGUGACAUUAAGGGUGCAAACAUUCUCACAACCAAGGACGGCCAUGUCAAACUUGCCGAUUUCGGUGUCGCGACGACGCUCGUGGACAAUGAAAAGGUGGAUGUUGUUGGUACUCCGUACUGGAUGGCUCCCGAGAUUAUCGACAUGAGUGGACCUACAACAGCGUCUGAUAUUUGGAGUGUUGGAAGCACCGUUAUUGAACUCGUUAGCGGCAAUCCGCCCUAUUUCGAACUUGAUCCCCUUCCGGCCAUGUUCCGCAUCGUGCAGGACGACCACCCGCCACUUCCCGAGGGUGUCUCUGGUGCGCUGCGUGACUUUUUCAUUCAGUGCUUCCAAAAAGACCCCAACCUUCGCAUUUCGGCCAAAAAACUUCUGCGUCACCCGUGGCUGGCGACCGUGAAAAAGAACCAGGUCAAGCGGGCUCCUAGUUCUGCAUCGCAGGCGUCUGUAACCUCCGAGGACAAGUGGGACACGGCUUUGACCACCAUCAAGAACUUUAACACGUCGCGAUCGAAUGUAGCGCGCUCUCCGUCGUCGGCCAACGCUGCGAACGCUGCCGCUGCUGCAGAGGGCCGCCGCAAGCAGAGCAAAGUUCGCCGCGAGCGCAGCAUUGGCAAGAUGGAUGCGUACAUCAGCACGGCUGCUGCCACGGCUGCGGAUGGGGACAAGCAACGCGGCGGCGAAGGCAAGGCGCGUCCGUUCUCUGCCAUUCCUUCGUCUCGCCCUUCCUCCAAGCCCUCGCAAGAACCGGCUACUGCCACCAGCGACAACAAUCAAAACUGGCUCGGAGCUGCGCGCAGCAUGUUUGACUCUGCCGCGGACAUGACCGCCCAAGUGGUUGCUGAAAAGGCCCGCUUGAGCAAGGAGCGUCCAGUCAGUGCCAUUUCUGCUCGGCAGGCCGCUGCGUCGGCCCAGGCGUCCACGCCCGUACCACGUGGACUGCAGUCGAUUGAUUUGAGCGGGGUCAACUCGCCCGACGCCAGCAUCGGCUCUGUCUAUAGCAACUCGCCCACCAUCAUCGCUGGCCCUGACGGCAGUCCCCUGCCUCGCGGAAUUGGUGGUGACAACUGGGACGAGGACUUUGAGGGUGAUAUCAACGUUGGGAGCAAAACAGCAUCCACCAUCAAGGUGCUCAAUGUCAAGCAGCUGCCCCGAGCGCUCGCCGCGAGCGCCGCUGCCUCGACUGCCAAGAGCGCUACUCCUCCGCUCAACACUGCGCACGUGACAACCCGGAAACCCUCCAACGAUGCCAAGUACGAUGGCGAUGACUGGGAGAGUGACUUUAAGCUCCCUCCUGGCGGUGCCUUGCCCAUCGCCAAGGGCCGCACUUCUUCUGGCUCUGCGCCCGCACCAACCAGCACGGCCGCGCCUGCUGCUGCUGCUGCUGCAUCAAAGCCCUCAUCUGGUGGCUCGGCUGCGCAAAGUGCUGCCAAGGCCCGCUCCGUCAACAACCCCGCCGUCAAGGACCUCUCGGCGUUUGUUGACAAGGACGAGGACGACGACGAAGUGGUGGUUGUGCGCACCUCCAUCAUCACACCGGCCACCUCGACCAACGCCACCCCGAUCUUUGCUGCGGCCAACAACCCGGCUGCUGCAGCUUUGCCGCGCGCACUGGGCGGCGUCUCCUCUGUGCUGGCCAAGUACCGCGACUCGGACGAUUCGUUCAACGAUUUUGACGUGGACGAUGACGUCUUCUCCAAGAUUAAGAAUCCCUCCAACAGCGCCCCCAACCAGCUGCGCAUGAUCUCGCCCGAGACCCUCCAGUAUCAGAAGGACGCUGCUGCGGCUGCCGGUAGCGGUGCUCCUGCGCCCGAUCCGUCUGGGCUGAGCCGCUAUGCGGAAAAGGAGUCGGAUGCUGACUUUUCCGACUUGAGCGGCCCCAGGCUCAAGGCCACAGCCACAUCGGCCGCUGCUAGCACCUCCCCGAGCAAGACCUCUCCGGGCAAACCGUUUGGUCACUCUCGCACCGGCAGCACUGGCGGCCAUCCCAAGCUUGUCGGCAAAAUCAGCGGCUCGAGUCCCACAUCCGGCUCCUCGACCCUCAUUGGCAGCGGCGGUGCCAUUGGCUCGCUCAAGGCCAACGCUGGCAACCAUUCGCUCAAGGUGCGUCCGCCGACCAUGGGCUCCCGUCCCCAGUCAUCGUCCGGCCAGGCCGACGACGACGACGCUGGCUUUGAUGCUAGCGGUGACACCCCACUCAAGCUGCGCUCCAACAACCGCAUGGACACCUGGAACGUUGCCGCCGAAGAAAGCGAGGGCGACGACGACGAUCCGUUCGCCGAUGUCGAGGACGAGUUUGAAGAGUACGAUGAAGAGGAGGCCAUUGGCCGGGACAAGCAUGCUCGCAUCAGCACUGAGAUUCUCGGUCUUAUCUCGGGCUUCCGCACUCCGCAGCCUGAAGCCACUGUUCUUGCUUCGUGUGAAACGCUGAUUACCUUGUUCUUGGAGAAUCCCGACCAAAAGCUCGAGCUCAUUGCCAACCACGGAGUUGUCCCCAUCUUUGAAAUGCUCGAAGCGGCUCGUCAAAUUACUGUCGUUCAUAGCGUUCUGCGCGUGAUCAACACUAUUGUCGAGUCCAACACUCUGAUUCAAGAGAAUCUUUGCUUGAUUGGCGGCUUGCCAGCCGUGAUGAAGUACGCUGCCAACACGUACGCCUUGGAAGUGCGCACAGAGGCCGUGCGCUUCAUUCGCGAGGUCUGCUACUCCGAGUCUCCCGUCACUCUGCAAAUGUUUAUCGCCUCGCGAGGCUUGCCUGUUCUUGUCGAGUGCAUCGAGCCGGAUUUUGCCAAGUUCCGUCCUCUGUCUUUGAUGGCUUUUGAGAGCAUUCUUCCCGUGUUCGAGAUUGAGACUGCCGUUCCCAAAAACGACUUUGCUCGCAUCCUUACGAAGUGCGGCUUUGUGCGUCGAAUGUUUACUCUGUUGCGCAACCUGCUGCGCGACCGCAGCGAUCCCGAUUCGCUGCUCUACGCCAACUACAUUGGCGACCUGUUCCUGCUCUUCUCCCAUGCCGACGCCUUGGUGAAGGCCGAGCUUGCCGCUGUCGACUUGCUGAAGGAUCUCAUUGCUCUUUUCAGCGACAUGCCCCCAGAGCUUCUUCUCAAGUUCAUCAAGACGGUCAAGAACCUGACGUACGAGCCGCAGACGCUGUCCUGCUUGAUGGAGGCGGGCGUCAUCCCGAAGCUCAUUCGCAUUCUGGAGCUGCGCUCUGGUCUCUUCCUCACGGAAAUGCACAACCACGUCCUCGGCUGCUUGUUCAACUUUUGCCGCAUCAGCCGCGAGCGCCAGGAGCAUGCUGCCGUUUCUGGUAUUGUACCUCAACUCAAGUACUUUAUUACCAUUCCCAACAGCCCGCUGCGUCAAGUGGCCCUCCAAAUCAUCUGCGACAUUGCUUACGCCAGCAAGAAAGCUCGCUCCAUUCUCUGGGAAAACGAUGGUGUUCGCCUCUUUAUCGAUCUGCUUCGUGAUCCCUACUGGCAGGUCAAUGCCGUCGACGCCCUUGCCACCUGGUUCCAGGAUGACGACCACCAGCAUGUGGAGCCACUGUUGUCCAAGCCCGACGCCAUCGAAAAGAUUGCGCGCGCCUUCACGCUGUGUCGCUCACCGGCGUUUGACAACAUGAUGGAGCCCCUCACCAAGCUGACCAUUUCCAAGCCCGCGCCGUCUAGCAAUGCCGUCAACCGCUCUCUUGGUCUGUCCAAGUUGCCCACGACUCUCAUUGAGCGACUCAACCACCCCAAGGCCAACGUCCGUCUCAACUUGCUCAAGGCGCUUUUCAACCUGUACAAUGGGUCUGAAAACAAAAACAAGAUGGUGUACGACUGUGGUUUGGUCCUCGUGGCGAAGCGUCUUUGCAAUGACACUGCCAUUCUCGUCCAAGAGUUGGCGCGCAAGCUGCUCGAGUCGCUCGAAGACGCUGGGCUUGCCGCCCGUCCCGAGACCCCAGUGUAGACGUGCAUUCUGAUGCUCUACAGUGCAAGUUUAGUGCAUGGACGCCUUGUGUCUGCAUUAAUUUUCGCAUGGGGUUUUUGUUUUUAUGCGUUGUGGUUUGAUCGUUCUGCUUUGUUGGAAAUAUUAAGGCAUACUUUUAUUGCGGUA